AUGUCUAAACAACUCUUCCUCAAUAGAUGUAAAGAAGUAGAAGAAUAUCAAAAGGCAGGUCAUAAUCCAUGGCCACAUAAAUUUAAUGUUAGUAUUACAGUUCCAGAAUUUAUUGCUAAAUAUUCUGGACUUGAAAAAUCACAAGUUAGUGAUGAUAUUGUUAGUGUUGCAGGAAGGGUUCUUUCAAAGAGAUCAUCAUCAGCUGCUCUUAUGUUUAUUGAUUUACAUGAUUCACAAACAAAAUUACAAAUUAUGUUAAAUAAAUCAGCAUAUGAAAAUAAAGAAGAAUUUAGUUCAUUAACUAAAAUGAUUUAUAGAGGAGAUAUUUGUGGAUUUAUUGGACAUCCAACACGUACUAAAACAGGAGAACUUUCACUUAUUCCAACAACAGGAAUGAUUCUUUCACCAUGUCUUCAUAUGUUACCAUCAAUGCAUUAUGGAUUAGGAGAUCAAGAAACAAGAUUUAGAAAGAGAUAUCUUGAUUUAAUUGUUAAUCCCGAAACUGUUAAAAACUUUGUUUUAAGAACUAAAGUUGUUAAAGCUGUAAGAAAAUAUCUUGAUGAUAAAGGAUUUCUUGAAGUUGAAACACCAAUUUUAAAUACAAUUCCAGGAGGAGCUACUGCUAGACCAUUUAUUACACAUCAUAAUCAACUUGAUAUUCAAAUGUAUAUGAGAAUUGCACCAGAAUUAUAUUUAAAAGAAUUAAUUGUUGGAGGAAUUAAUAGAGUUUAUGAAAUAGGAAGAUUAUUUAGAAAUGAAGGUAUUGAUCAAACACAUAAUCCAGAAUUUACUACAUGUGAAUUUUAUAUGGCAUAUGCUGAUUAUAAUGAUAUUAUGAAAAUGACAGAAGAACUUCUUGGAAAUAUAGUUAAAGAUAUUACAGGAGGAUCAACUAAAUUAGAAAUUAAAGAUAGAUUAAUGGAUAUUAAUAAUGAAGAAGAUAUCAAAAUGUUAGAAAAAUUCUUUAAAGAACCAAUUCCAAGACCAUUUAAUUCAGUAGAAUGUAGUAAAGUUAUUGAAAAACAUUGUACAGAAUUAAAUUAUUAUUAUGAUGGAAAUAAUGAAAAAGCAAUGAAAAAAUUAUUUGCAGAUUUUGUAACAGAAAAGAAAAUGGUACUUGAUUUUACUGCACCAUUUAAAAGAAUUUCAUAUGUUCAUGCUCUUGAAGAGAAAUUUGGAGAAAAAAUUCCAAGACCACUUGAUGGACCAGAAGCACUUGCUUUUCUUAAGAAACAAGCUAUUAAAUUUAAUGCUAUUUGUUCAGAACCACAAACUACUGCACGUGUUAUGGAUAAAUUAUUUGGUGAUUUGAUUGAAAAUGAUCUUGUUCAACCAACAUUUGUUUGUGACCAACCACAAUUAAUGAGUCCACUUGCUAAAUAUCAUAGAAGUGAACCAGAAUUAACUGAACGAUUUGAAUUAUUUAUUCUUAAGAGAGAAAUUGCUAAUGCAUAUACAGAAUUAAAUAAUCCAAUUGUUCAAAGAUCUAAUUUUGAACAACAAGCAAAAGAUAAAGCUGCUGGAGAUGAUGAAGCACAACUUGUUGAUGAAGUAUUCCUUGAUGCAAUUGAACAUGCCUUCCCACCAACAGGAGGAUGGGGACUUGGAAUUGAUAGAUUAUCUAUGCUUCUUGCUGAUGUGGAUAAUAUUAAAGAAGUUAUUUUAUUCCCAACUAUGAGACCAGAAGAUGAAUCAGAAAAGAAAGCACGUGAAGCAAAAGAAGAUGCUAUGAUUACACAAGAACUUGCUGCUAGUGAAGAAAAAGGAAAGAAAGUUGUAAAACCAAAAGUUAAUAAACAACAACCAGUUAAAGAAGUUCUUGAUGGAUUUCAAUUAGAAAUUAAAGUUGGUAAAAUUAUUGAAGCUGGACCACAUCCAAAUAGUGAACAUCUUCUUGCUCUUAAAGUUGAUAUUGGAGAAACACAACCAAGAAGUGUUGUUGCUGGACUUGCUGAACAUUAUAAACCAGAAGAAUUAUUAAAUCAAAAAGCUACUUUUGUAUGUAAUUUGAAACCAUCUAAAUUAAGAGGAAUUCCAUCAGAAGCUAUGAUUCUUGCUGCUACUUCACUUGAUGGUACUAAAGUUAAAUUCUGUCAUCCAAGUGCUGAUGCUACUAUUGGAGCACAAGUUAUUCCAAAAGAAGGUAAAGUUACUAUUUCUGCUAAGAAGAUUUCAAUUGAUGUUGUUGGAAAGAUGAAUCUUGCAUUAAAAGGAGGAUUAGUUAGAACUAAUGAUGUUCCACUUAUUGUUAAAGAUACUGAACUUACAGUCACUGUUGAUGAAGUUAUUGAUGGAACCGUUAGAUAA